AUAAAAGACAAUCUUGGGUGCUUGCGAGUUUGUCACCGGCAUUUACUAAAAUGUUACUAACAAUUUGGACCAAGACACCCUUUACAACGAAUGCAGGAGAAUCAGCUCAUGCGAACAUUAACCAAAAUGGUUAUGGAUUAUCUUUAUUGGCGGCUAUUCAAAA